UCCUUGUCAAACCUCACUGUGGUCAUUGCGAACCGCCUCGCCUGGCUGACAGGAGUAGUAACGGCAGAGCCCACAAUGGAGGAAGCCUGUCACUUAGAGUCACUGCAGCUCUAGAGCAUGUGAGAAACGUAUUUUAAAAGGCACCUUCAACAUUAGGACACAUUUCCAGUCAAGACAUUAGCUCAUGGUUAACAUUUGCAGUACGCUGUUACCGAGAAAAUAGACGCGAAUUAAACGGCGGGCUAACGGCUAGCUUACCUUACUUAACCUGGUAUUUGGCUAACUUAGAAAUAACUCCUGAAGAAACUGCUAACGGCUGGAAAUAACGCGCCAGUAGAGGGGAUAUCAAAACGUGACAGCUCUUGAUGCCGGUGUCGGCUUUAUAAGGUCAACUUGUCUUUAUCGAUGAGAUCUGGAGGAUUGUCCUGAAUGUUCAAAGUUGUGGUUACACUGCAAACUUGUUUCCAGCAAAGGGAGAGGAUUCAGGAGUGCUUGUGUCACUCAGACACCUUUCACCUACAAGUCCUCUGUCCUUCAGGAGUGAUCUAUUGUGCCUCCACUUAGCUGCAGUUUUCAUGAGGGCAGGUGGUUCAGACUUCUAGCCUCCUGUACUCCCCACCAGCAUCACCGCUGCCACCAGCGGUUCAAUUCAUGAGCGUGCUUGGUUCAUAAUCCUCGGGGAUGGGGAGUGGAGUCCAGGAACAACGGGCAUCACUCACACAGGGUGAAGUGCUCCCACUGGCUUCCUCCAGUCAGUCAGAGGGGAUGAAACAGACUCGGUCUGUUAUCAACUCGCUCUUUUCGGGGGCUUUAGCAGGAGCUGUAGCCAAGACAGCUGUCGCCCCAUUGGACAGAACUAAAAUCAUCUUCCAAGUGUCUUCUGCAAGAUUCUCUGCCAAGGAAGCUUACAGGUUGAUCUACCGCACCUACCUGAUGGAGGGCUUCUUCAGUUUGUGGAGGGGAAACUCUGCCACCAUGGUGCGAGUCAUCCCGUACGCUGCCAUCCAGUUUUGCGCACACGAGCAGUACAAGGGCCUGCUGGGAGGCUACUAUGGCUUUCAGGGAAAUGCCCUACCUCCAGUCCCAAGGUUGCUGGCUGGGUCCAUGGCUGGUAUCACUGCCGCCAUGAUGACAUAUCCUCUUGAUAUGGUGCGUGCGAGGAUGGCUGUAACGCCAAAGGAAAUGUACAGUAACAUUCUGCAUGUGUUUGUGCGGAUCUCUCGAGAAGAGGGCAUGAAAACACUGUAUCGAGGCUUUACUCCCACCAUACUGGGUGUUGCCCCCUAUGCUGGCCUCAGCUUCUUUACCUAUGAGACACUGAAGAAGUUGCAUGCAGAGCACAGCGGCCGCCAGCAGCCCUACUCAUACGAACGCCUGGCUUUUGGAGCCUGUGCAGGUCUCAUCAGCCAGUCUGCGUCUUACCCUCUGGAUGUAGUACGGCGGCGGAUGCAGACUGCGGGUGUCACAGGUCACACGUACCGCACCAUCCUGGGGACCAUGAGGGAGAUUGUGUCCGAGGAAGGGGUUAUCCGCGGACUCUACAAAGGUCUCAGUAUGAACUGGGUUAAAGGACCUAUUGCAGUGGGGAUUAGCUUCACCACCUUUGACCUCACUCAGAUUCUCUUGAAGAAGCUUCAUCAAAUGGGUUAUACUACUCCAUAAUAAUGACAAAGAGAGUUGAAAAUGGGGGUAGAGGGUUGAGUAGAUCCCUGUAAGCCCACUCUGGUGAGACAGAAGAGGAAGCAAGAGUGAAAAAUGGGUAUUGCUGGUUAAAAGCAAAAAGCACAGUGGCUCAGGAUGCGUGGGUAAUAAAAAUUUAUUCUCUCGCUUUGUCUGUGUGUAACAGAGGUAAGUUGGAUAGUACGCCUUGUUAUCAUGUACAUCUAAGUGCAAUAUCAUCAAUACGUUUGUGUGUACACAUGAAUUGUAAUGUUCCUACCCUCUCAGUACAUUUGUAAUCCAGAGAGUUAAAAGGUACACACACACAGCUGCCAUGUGUAUCAUUUUAAAUCUUUUACUUUCCAGUGCAAUGCUGGUUUCCACUCAUUUCCCAUGAGUUUUAAAAAAUGCGUUCAUUUAAUAAGAGUAAGAUAUGCCCUUGUUGAGAUUUGUUUGAAGGAAAUUUAUUUUAAGAAAAUAUACCAAAGGUUAUGACGUUAGUUAAUGCAAAUUAUAUGCCAUAAAUGGUGUUGUAGUAUGUUUAAGUGUGAUAGCAGCUUUGUAACUGCUAUCAAAUGGUUUGAUUUAGUUUGAGCUGAAAUAUUAAAAGCUCACAGUCUAGUGUUUUUUCAGUGGCACUCCUGAAGAUUGAAUUCACAGUUUUAUUAGUUGUUUAGUUGUGUUUUAUGGUGGUGCCAACAAAAAAGAAUUACCAGUGCCCAUAGUGUUUUUUAGAAAGUUUUCGUCACAUAGCGAUUGUUUUUCACUUUAAUCAUGUCAUAGGCUUUAGAUUCAUAUCUGAAGUAUAAAUACAGAUACUACAGUUACUCCAGCUAAACUAUUGGGGCCUUUUCACUGCUGGAACCACUUCCCCUAAGAACUAGGAACAUUUGGGAGGCUGUUUUGGAUGUUUUUUUUUCUUUCUAAUAAGCUCUGAAACAUUAAUGGAAAAGAGAGUAUUGUAGAAACACAGACAAGUAACAAUAUGAAGGAACCUUGUAGUUCUUUGGGAAAAAGUUCCUGGGACUACAGCGUCUCAGUUUUAGUGGAAAUAUGCUUAUUGGUUCUCAGCCCUAAGUAACGCACAUCAAGUAGUUAGGUCAUCCCCCAAAUGUGAGAUGUUACACACUGAUAUUUAGAAAGAACAGCUAAACAUGUACACAGCCCUCUUUGUGACGUUUACAGUGUCUCAUUGUUGCUGACACAGUCUGAGAGGUGUUGCUUUUACAUAUGUCAUUUAUCUGUGGUGGUGUUUUUAAAAAGUACAGUAUAUCAAGAGGCAUUUUUAUAUCUUCACCCUCAUAUGUGUCGCUGAUGUUGGACACACACGAAGUACACACAUUACACAAAUGUGUCUUCCAUUUGCUGCCAGCGUGACAGCUGUGCAGUCUGUCUCUUCGCUGCCAUUCCCGGCUGUUUUGUUUUUAAAAACGUGACUUGACACUAGACUGUGACAUGUCACUGGAAUGACUUUAAAUCUCCUGGUUAGGGAGGAGGACUCAGUGUAGAGCUUUUAGCAGUAUUUGCUAACUUGACUGGAAAUAUGCAAACACAUAGUGAAGAGAUCAUUUGAGUUCUGUUACAAAGAUAAUUUAGUUCUCAGUAUUGUACUUUACCUCAGCACACAAUCACGUGUUUUUCUAAUCGUCACAUAUCAAUUAGAAGUGUUAAUGUAGAGUUGUGGCAGCAGAUGGGACUUGGAGUUUGUUUGAAUGAUGCAGAUGAACAUUUUGACAGUACUGAUGCAGGCUCAUAGAAACUGAGCAGUGUCAAUAGUUUCUAUACUUGGACCUUACAUACCAAGGCAGAACAGCUGAGCUGGGUGAGCAGACGAGUAGAGCCAAGCGGAGCAGAGGGCAUGAGGUGUCAUCUGUAACAGGAAUAAGAAGCAAGGCUUGUGACUGAAACUCAGCAGUGAAUUUGAAAGAUUUAUAUUUUUAAAUAUGUACAAUUGUUUAAUUGAUGGGCAGCAC